ACCCGCCCCCGCCCCCGAGGGAGCGGCUCCGGCAGGAAGGCGGCAGCGGGGCCCGGUCACUGAGCCUCCACCAUGAGCUCGGCCAGGGAGUCCCAGAGCCACCACGGCCUGAAGCGAGCGGCCUCCCCCGAUGGCUCCAGCAGCUGGGAGGCGGCGGAUCUGGGCAACGAGGAGCGCAAGCAGAAGUUCCUGCGGCUGAUGGGCGCCGGGAAGAAAGAACAUACUGGCCGCCUUGUUAUCGGAGACCACAGAUCAACCUCUCACUUCAGGACAGGGGAAGAAGACAAGAAAAUGAAUGAAGAAUUGGAGUCCCAGUACCAACAAAGCAUGGACAGCACGAUGUCUGGGCGGAACCGGCGCCACUGUGGACUUGGUUUCAGUGAGUUUCAGGAAGAUGAAGAACAAGAAGAGGCAGCUGGACACUCCUCUGAUGAGAGUUCAGAGGACUCUGAAAGUGGCUCUGAUUCGGAGCAAGAGGAGUCUGCAGAGGAGCUACAACCUGCUGAAAAACAUGAGGAAGCUGAGGUUCCAGAAAACAAAAAAGAAGCAAAAAGCAACUAUAAAAUGAUGUUUGUGAAAGCCAGUGGUUCAUAACUGCAGAUGUAACAGCUUUGUAUUUAAAGUACAGUAAGCCUUAUUGUUACAGUGCAAAGUGGAGGACUGCUACAGCACAAAUCUUUGUAUUUUGAUUUUAAAAAGACCCCGUUAGAUGACAAAAAGUAGUAUUUGCUUUCUGUUGCCAUGGAUAACGUUUUUAUGGGCACAGUGAUAUUACUGGUAUUUUUAAAGUGUAUGAAAUCCUGGACGGAGAAAUAAAUUUGUUCUGCCCAAUCUCUACAAUGUUAUCUAAACUAUCCCUUCCCUUAUUCCAUGCCAGAUAAGGAAGCUUCAUGUUAGUGGUUUAUUCAGUUAGUACCCCAGUCUUGAAUUUUUAACUAUUAAGAUUACAUGUGAAUUAUGUGAUGUUGCAUUAGUUGUAAAAUACCAAUAUCAGCAUUAUUCUGUGAUGUACUAGAGCUUUAAACAAUGAUUUUGUCUAUAGAUGCUAGUGUUGGCAGGGCUGAGAGGAGAAAUCGCUCACUUUUGUGAUAGUAUUAAUCACUGUAUCCAUCUGAAGUCCUACAGCAGUUGCAUGGAGAAUAAUACAACAGAAGGCUCUAAUUGCUUCUUUGGCUUUCUAAUGAGGGGAAUAAGCUGUAGUUUUUUCUACCUUUCAGUAGAAAAGAGUGAUUUUUGAAUUACUGGUUCCUGGUUAUAGCACUGAGCUGUUAUUAAAAAUAACUCCUCCCGAAGAAAAAGUUUACUUUGAAAGAGAAAGUAUACUUUGAUAAUGAAAAGGAUAUACAAAUCAUUUAGCUUUUUUAAAAUAUAGAAUUAAGAGUUAAGUACUUGAGCCCUUCUUCCUUUUCUCCCCGUACAUGCAUCACUUGGAGGUCUGAGUCAAUUAUCACAAGGUGGUACCUCUCAAGUCAACUGAUAUGCUUAGAGAGCCAGCAACUCCUUCCAGCAAGAAUUAAAUACAUCCAUUCCUCUGCAAAUUCAUUGCAUUCAAGUAAUGAAUAAAAUAUCAGAGCUUUUUAGACUUUGUUUCCUCUUAGUACAUUAGAUCACCUGCCUCUCCUUGCUGGGAGAACAGGACAUCUGAUCUGUACCUCUAGUACAGCCACGUUCUGCCACAGCAGUGUUUCAAGAAACACUCUGGAUGCUCAUGGAGAAUUCCAUUCCUGUGUACAAUUUCUGACAUGCAGACAGCAUUUUCCAGCCAGUGGGCUGGCAGGAAAGCAGCAGUAUGUACUAUCAUUGCAUAGUUAUUGGAUGUAAACAUUGCAGCAUCAGUUAUUGGGGGAGGACUUGGAAUAAGUUACAUUAUGAAAAAGAAUAAAAGUAAUAUUGUAAAUAAAAA